CCAAGGAUGCGGGUCCUGAGGCCCCCCACCCUCCUCCUGCUGCUCUCCGGGGCGCUGGUCCUGACCCCCAGCUGGGCCGGACUCCACUCCCUCAGGUAUUUCAGCACCGUCCUGUCUGGACCGGGCGUCGGAAAGUCCCGGUACAUCGCCGUCGGCUACGUGGACGACAUAGAGUUCGUGCGGUUCGACAACGACGCGGCGAGUCCGAGGCUGGAGCCGCGGAUCCCGUGGAUGCAGCAGCCGUGGGUGGAGCAGGUGUACCCCGAUUAUUGGGACCAGCAAACGGAGAUCAUCAAGGACUGGGCACAAACUCACGGAGGGAACCUGAACAACCUGCGUGACUACUACAACCAGAGCGGGAACGGGUCUCACACCUAUCAGGAAAUGACAGGGUGCGUCGUGGGGUCGGACGGGCGCCUCCUCCGCGGGUACAGUCAAUACGCCUACGACGGUGCCGACUACCUCGCCCUGAACGAGGACCUGACCUCCUGGACUGCGGCCGACAUGGCGGCUCAGAUGACCUGGCGCAAGUUGGUCUAUGCCCCUGAUCCUGAUUAUUGGAAGGUCGCCCUGGAGAGCUGGUGCGUGCACUACCUCCACGUUUACCUGGAAAAUGGGAAGAAGAUGCUUCCACGAGCAGGUACCAGGGUGAGGCCUCCGGAGCAGGGCAUCUGUAGGUUGGGGCUGGCUUCCCAUGAAGAGGAUGGAAAUGGGAUCCCUGUCGGAAUGGGCUCUCCUGGUCGGACAGGAGUCCUGCAGCUUAUUCAGUGACUCGCGCUCCAGCCCACCUUUCACUAACGGUCAACCCAGGGAUCCAGCCCCUCCGGGAAAUGACCAUUAUGCUCCCCGGGAUCUUGGACUGCAAACGGUUUGGGCGCCUGACUUCAGGUCUUCCCAGUCAUUCAGCCUCCAACUAAGUGAGGACAUUAGUCUGUGUCCCCCCUAGAGACCUGGAGA